AUGCGCCGCCGCGCUCGCGAACGCGACCGCGCGCGAAGCGCCGCGGCAUCGCGCGUCGUCGCGCUCGCGCUCGCGCUCGCGGGCGCGGCGAACGCGCGCGCGCGCGCGGCGAACGCGGGCGGGGGCGGACGACCGUCGUUCGAGGCGGCGGUGCUGCCGCCGAGCGCGUUCGCGGGACGGACGAGCGCGGUGACGGUGCACGGUUUGAACUUUUUGCCGGGCCGGGACGCGGCGUGCGCGGAUUGUAACGCGAACGGCGCCGCGACGACGCGGUGCGCGUUCGGAGACGCGAGGGAUAACGGUGCGGUGAGCGCGUUCGAUGGCUCGGACGCGAGCGCGUUUGAGUGCGCGGUGAACGCGGUGGACGGGGCGACGGGGACGCCGAGGCUGGGCUUCGCGCGCGGGAGUUGGAGCGCGAACGGAGGGUACGAUUGGGCGGUGUUCGGGGGCGAGAGCGGGGGGGGGGAGGAUGGCAGCGUGCACUUCAUGAAGAUACCGAGCGUGGAUGACGUCAUCGCGAGCGUGGCACCGAUGGGAAUGCCGACGUACGCGACGGGUGGAGAUUUCGCGCGAGGCGCGCUCGGGUGUUACUUUGAGUCCAGAAACGACGCGGGGUCGUGGGUGAUGCGGGCGACGGGGACGGCGGCGGAGGCGGCCGAACACAGAGGGCUGUUUGUGAGCUCCGCGCUGUAUCGAUGCGAAUCGCCGACGUACGAGAGGACGACGCCGUCCAAGGCGACGCUGGCGCGGUUCGCCGUCGGCGUCUUGGGAAACGACGGCGGCUCGCUGACGAAUGUGGUGAGUUAUAAGGAAAACUACUGGCUCACCCCGGGCGCGGCGACCGUGAGUAGUGGGACGUACGGUCUCACUGGGGGAGAGACGAUCAGCGUCGGAGUGAGCGAUUCGGAUGGAGAUUGGGCAAACAUCGGUUGUCUCGUGGGAACGACGCGCGUGAGCGCGCGGUCGGUGUCUACGUCCACGGUGACGUGCGUAGCCCCUGCGCGCGCGGAGGAUGAUAUUGCGAACGUGCCGAUCAUGGUUGGCGUACGGUAUGCCGAACAGAGCGCGUCGGUCGUGACGAGAUCGACGGACGUGACGACGUACUCGGGCGGUACGCCAAAGCCGACGAGCCCGUACGAACUCCUCAACGACGAGUUAUUCCUAUUCGGUCGCGGGAAACAAGUCAUGCAAGUUUCUUCAGAAGAAGAUUUCACGUGCGUGUUGACUACGGUUGUCGACAACGUGACUUCGGUGUUCAAAUCGACGACGGCGAACGCGUCUCCCUUUGACCAAAUCUUAAACUGUCUCCUUCCUUUGAACGUCGAGGUGGGAUUCGUGGCGAUGGGCAUCACCGGUGGGAAAUACGAGGGCGUGACGCAAGUCAUGUUCGUCGAUCCACCGCGGGCGAUCAGCGCGUCGCCAAGACGAAGCCCGAGCGAAGGCGGUGGCAUCGUGUGGGUGUACGGCUCGAAUUUGAACGCCGGCACCGAUCCGUACUCGUCGUGCGUGUUCACUGCCGACGAGUCGUCGAGUUUCAAAUGGGCAGUGGGAACCGGCGCUCGCGCGAGUUCCGCUCUCGUCGCGUGCGAGCUACCGCCCGCGGCGUCCGUGGUGGUGCAGAACAAUCAGCGAACAACGGCGGUGGCCGUCGUCAUGCGUCCUGCUUCGGCGAGCGCGAACGCCUUGGAUUCGGGAGCUUCGAUCGAGUAUGCCGUAAACGUCGCGUCGGCGUCCAUAUCUCCAGUGCGUGGAUCGUUAGAAGGAGGGACACCCGUGCGCCUGGAUCCGACUAUGACGUGGGUCGUGUCGCAAAGCUCGUCGGGGACGCCAGAUACGGAUGAUUUCGGCACGGGUGGGUGUCGCUUCAGCGCUGUCACCGUGUCCGCGCGCGUCGCCGACUCGGGAGCGAUCGAGUGCGUGUCACCGUCGCUAGGUAACUUUCCGUACGCCAACGCACCGGUCGCGAUCGCGGUGGAUUGGCGAACGAGCUCGUCGCCCCUCGUCUUCUUUACGAGUACGAACACGUUUCUCAACUUUUCAUACGUUCGAUUCUAGC